CAAGUUGUCAUUUGCUUGGAUACAACCGAGCCAUCAACAAGGACACAUUCCGAGCAGCGAGACCAGAGUGCGGAAGGCGUGGCCAGCAUGCGGGGGGUGAUUAUCAUAAGUAAAAGGUUCUGCAUGCUGCUGAUGCUGAUGCUGGCGGUGGGCAGCAUCCUCACCUUCCACUACUCCUACAACAAGUACCUCGCCAACCUGCAGGACGCCACCAUUCGUCUCGUGCAGCAGGGACCCAAGCUGCACCAAGACGGUGGCACGCAGAGUUCGUCUUGGUGGCGGGAUGUUGUGUGCAAACAAGAACAGAAUAAGACGGACGAAGGAGAGAAAACCCGGCCCUUAAAGAGGUUAUUUAAGGAUGUAAUGCCUGAGGAGAACCGCAACGUUUUCCUGAUGGAUACAGCAUGCAACCCAACCCCGAAGUUCCGAGUUUGGUGCUCCGUGGAAAGCUGGGCGCAGCAGAAUCCAGAGCGCCACGUGUGGUUCCUCCUCACCUCGGGGAGGCUGGAGGGCAACGCGGGGCUCAUCUCCACGUUGCUUCACCAGUACACCAACCUGCAGGUGGUGACCGCUGACCUGGAUGACAUGUUCCGCAACACACCCCUCCUCUCCCUCUUUAACGGACGCAAGUGGACCGAGACCUGGCCCGUGGAGCUGUUGAGCGACAUGUUGCGGGUGCUUGUGCUGUGGUGGUGGGGCGGUGUGUACAGCGACACGGACGUAAUCAGUGUGCAGUCCCUCACCCUGCCUGACAACUCCCUGGGCUUCGAGCAUUCCAAACAGUUAGGCAGUGCAUUCUACAGCUUCCAAGCCCGUCACCCUGUCCUCCUCUCUUUGAUGAAAGACAUGCAUCGCAACUUUAAGCCUCACCACUGGGGAAGCAUCGGGCCGCUCGCCAUAACACGCGUCAUGCAAAAUAUAUGCAAAUCAAGGAUGAUGAAACUGGUCCGUAAAGCGCCAGUGACCUGCCGAGGCAACGUCACACUCUUCCCUCAGAGCACCUUCUAUCCCGUGCGCUACAAUGAAUUUGAGUACUACUUCCUUCCUGGCUUCGGCAACAAGUUCAAUGAGACAUUCAGUAGGGCCUUCGCUUUGCACUUCUGGAACAAGAUGAGCAAGAACCAUCAGGUGGAGGUGAACAGGAACAGCGUAUACGAAGUGGUGGCCAAGCGGUUCUGUCCCAUCACUUACAGAGUCGCCACUGCGGAGUCUGACAUCUUCUAAACACAUAUGACUGACUUCAGCACUAUCUCAUCAUUUAUAUCACCGUUGGAUGGGUUUCCAUGCACCUAUCGUGUUUGUUUACAUUCCUUUCCUUAGGCAUGAACUUGGCAAGAAUUGUGAACAAGGUGAAGUUAAAAGUAAGGAAACGCAGCGUUGAUAUAGAAAACGAAGUCAAGAGAAAUGAAAGAUGGGGUUGAAGAAGAACAGUGGUUGAAAAGCUCAAAAACUCUUACCUUCCCCUAUAACCGGGCCUAACUCACGGACUUGUGCAGUGGCUUUCACUUGAUGUGGAAGGAAAAGAAAAAUUCAUAUCAACUGAAGAGCAACAUAACGAUUACUGCAUGUGAGAGUGUCCCUUAGCCAUCAUUUGUUAACGUUUUUGUGUUUUAGCUCAAGUAGUGUUCAAUAAAAGGAAAUAUAACGAAGUGAAAGCCGACCAAGAGGAACAGCAGGGAGUGUCCAUAUAAAGGCUACGCUCCUCACCAACCAAUGAACUGACAGAAUUUCGAACAGAAUAUACAAUUGAGGUUUCCGAUAGCUAGUUUAUGAUUUCGGUAAUAAUAGUUUUGUACUGUACCAUCGAUAGAAAAUAACACAAAAACCUGAUUCAUCGUUCCUGUGGUUGUUAGGAAUUUAAUUAACCUCUUCAGUACCAUGACGCGCUUCCAUAUUCAUUCUGCUCACUAUUUGAUUUUAUACAGCUUCAGAAACUCAUGUGGGGGAUUAAAAUACUGAAGACUGUGGCCAAUAAUCCUCUGACCUCCAUAGACCCUUCCUAAUGUCAAUAAAAUGAUCUUAUUGUAAACAAAUCUCAAGAUAAAAAUGUGCUCCAGUAUUGAGGAAAGUCUUAUUCGAUGUGUAAAAGGUUGGUGGCGAUUCCUUUUUUUUUUUUUUUUUUUGCCAGGAGGACGCAACUGCAGGUGUGGAGAAGCUCGGUGACUUUUUUUUAUAUGUAGGAGAGAGGGCCAGCCAAGGGGGAAAAAAAAAAAGCCCCACUUGGGUGCUGGCUCUGUAGAAGAUAGAAAAUAGACAAGCGUUAUCCAAAAUUAGGGAAUAAAUGUUUCGAUACCUGAUUAGAACCGUAUUCUGAAACACUCCUGCGCCGCACCUUUACCACAUUCAAAAGACUCCAGUUGAAAUUAAACGGGGUCUAAGGAGGAUUUUUUUUUUUUUUUUUUUUAGUUCUAGUGAUAAAUUAAUAAGAUUUCUUCAUUAAUAACACAAGAAACACUCUUGAGAACACGGUUAAUCACUUUUAUGGCAGAGAGAGAGAGAGAGAGAGAGAGAGAGAGAAGCGUUUCAGAAUACUGUGGCCUCAAUCUCGUCUCGUAACGGAACAAAUGACAUGUUGAUGGUAUGAGGUGUCAGUGGUUUGUUAUGACUCAGUGCCUUGUUAUGUGAUAGUAAGAGAAUCUAUGUAUUUUGUUAUAGCACGAAUGUAAGAUUUCUUUUUAGAUCUAAAGUGUGUCUUUUAUACUUAACCCCUUCAGUAUCAUGGCGUGUUUCAAUAAUCAUUCUGCUCUCUAUUGAUUUUAUACAGCUUCAGACACUUAUGAUGGUGAUUAAAAUAGUGAAUGG